AGAGAUUGCGACAAUUGACUGCUCUGAAAACAGUUCCGAAAUCGCACUUCCAUGGAUCGAGUGCGCUUCGACUCGUCGCUGCUGAAGGACGAUUUGAAAGAGAAAUUGAUCCAGUUCGUGAACGUACGCGCACUUCGAGAUGGGAAGAUAAAUUGGGACCAUGUCUGGGUGCGCAAUGGCAAGAUUAUCGACGGUGCCUCUGUAUUUUAUGGCGAACGACGUGAAGCGGACAUACAGGUGGACUGCGAAGGCCAGAUUCUUUCACCCGGCUUCAUCGACAUCCAGAUCAAUGGAGGAUUUGGUGUCGAUUUUUCUUCUAUGCCAGAGUCUGAUGAGGAAUAUACCCACAAUGUGCAGAAGGUGGCGCAAAACCUCCUUAGUCAUGGUGUGACGUCCUUCGUGCCAACAGUGAUAACAAGCCCUCCGGAAGUGUAUGCUAAGGUACUUCCUCUACUUUAUCGGCGAGAAGGCAGUCGAGAUGGUGCAGGCAUCCUAGGAGCUCAUGUGGAAGGUCCAUUCAUAUCACCAGAAAAGAAAGGUUGUCAUCCACAGAACCACAUCAGAACGUUUGGCGAUGAUCCGGUCAAAUCACUUGAGGAGGUUUAUGGGAGUUUAGAGAACGUGGCAACGGUGACGAUAGCGCCAGAACUGGAAGGAAGCGAAGAUGCUAUCAGAUUUUUAGCUGCUAGUGGGAAACUCGUGUCGCUAGGCCAUUCCGCAGCAGGGCUUGUGGCUGGCGAAAGAGGCUUUGCUGCCGGCGCUAAGACUAUAACUCACCUAUUUAAUGCAAUGAAUUCGUAUCAUCAUCGAGACCCGUGUCUGAUCGGCCUGCUUACAUCGAAGAUGUUGGGAAAUCGCACGGUGUACUAUGGAAUCAUCUCUGAUGGUAUUCAUACGCAUGACUCAGCACUGAGAUUAGCUCAUCGGACAAAUCCGGAAGGAUUGAUAGUAAUAACGGACGCUAUAGCUGCUUUGGGAAUGGGUAAUGGUGUCCACAGAUUGGGCGAUUGUGUCAUAAAUGUUAAUGGGUUGAAUGCAAUCUUGGAAGGAACAAACACGACUGCAGGAAGUGUCGCCUCAAUGCCAUACUGUGUAAAACAUCUGGCAAAAGCAGCAAGGUGCCCGCUGGAAGAAGCUUUGAUAUGCGCCACAGAUAAACCAGCUACUUUGAUGGGUAUUCGAGAUCGUAAAGGUGCUUUAACGGUGGGAAUGGAUGCAGAUUUAGCGCUGAUCACUGAAAAUGUUGAUGUGCUAGCGACUUACGUGCACGGAAAUCUGGUCUAUGCCCCCACAAGUGCUUGAAAUCUGAUUGUACGAACAAAGUUGUUCAGUUGUUCUUGAUGAUUACAGCUACGGAAUUCUCAUUGUGCAGAUAAAGUAUUAAGC